UGGGCGGUCAAGUUUGGCUCCUGCACUUGCGGCUUCGCGUGCUGCGUCUGGGGAGGCGAAGGGGGACCGUCCCCUCCCGAGUUGGGCUCGGACCCCGGCCCUCAGAGUCACUGCAGACCUCUGGGGGUGACUUCAUCACCCCCUUUCCUGGACCCCGUGCGUCCGGGGCGCACCGGAGCCGGGCAGCGAGCCACGCCAUGCUGGAGGGCGACAUCGGCCUCGAGGGGCUGCCCCCCAAGGAAGCCCCCGCAGCUGAGGCCGCCGGGGCCGUGGAUGGGGAGGGCGCGCCGCCCGGCGGUCCUGGCGCACAGGCGGCCGCGAUGAGGGUCAACGAGAAGUACUCGACGCUCCCGGCCGCGGAGCGCAGCGUCCACAUCAUCAACAUCUGCGCCAUCGAGGACAUCGGCUACCUGCCGUCCGAGGGCGCGCUGCUGAAUUCCUUGUCCGUGGACCCCGACGCCGAGUGCAAGUAUGGCCUGUACUUCCGGGACGGCAAGCGCAAGGUGGAUUACGUCCUGGUGUACCAUCACAAGAGGGCCUCGGGCAGCAGGACCCUGGCCAGGCGGGUCCAGCACAGCGACGCCGGCCUGGCCGCCCGCAGUGCCCGGCAGGACCAGCCCCUGCCCGGGAAGGCGGGCCCCGUGGGUGCGGGCGAGCCUGAGGCCCCGCUGGACUACCACGAGGAUGACAAGCGCUUCCGCCGGGAGGAGUACGAGGGCAACCUGAUGGAGGCCGGCCUGGAGCUGGAGCGGGACGAGGACACGAAAAUUCACGGGGUUGGAUUUGUAAAAAUCCAUGCACCCUGGAACGUGCUGUGCAGAGAGGCUGAGUUUUUGAAACUGAAGAUGCCGACGAAGAAGCUGUAUCACAUUAAUGAGACCCGUGGCCUCCUGAAAAAGAUCAACUCUGUGCUCCAGAAGAUGACGGACCCCAUCCAGCCCAAGGUGGCGGAGCACAGACCCCAGACCACAAAGAGGCUCUCCUAUCCCUUCUCCCGGGAGAAGAAGCACCUAUUUGACCUGUCUGACAAGGAUUCCUUUUUCGACAGCAAAACCCGGAGCACGAUAGUCUACGAAAUCCUGAAGAGAACAACGUGUACCAAAGCCAAGUACAGCAUGGGCAUCACGAGCCUGCUGGCCAAUGGCGUUUACUCGGCAGCCUACCCACUGCACGAUGGAGACUAUGAAGGGGAGAACGUGGAGUUCAACGACAGGAAGCUCCUGUACGAAGAGUGGGCGAGUUACGGGGUCUUCUACAAGUACCAGCCCAUCGACCUGGUCAGGAAGUAUUUUGGGGAGAAGAUUGGCCUGUACUUCGCCUGGCUGGGCGUCUACACCCAGAUGCUCAUCCCCGCCUCCGUGGUCGGGAUCAUCGUUUUCCUCUACGGAUGGGCCACCGUCGACGAGAACAUCCCCAGCAUGGAGAUGUGUGACCAGAGACACAACAUCACCAUGUGCCCGCUGUGUGACAAGACCUGCAGCUACUGGAAGAUGAGCUCUGCGUGCGCCACGGCCCGCGCCAGCCACCUCUUCGACAACCCCGCCACUGUGUUCUUCUCCAUCUUCAUGGCCCUCUGGGCCGCCACCUUCAUGGAGCACUGGAAGCGGAAACAGAUGCGGCUCAAUUACCGCUGGGACCUCACAGGCUUCGAGGAGGAGGAGGAGGCUGUCAAGGACCAUCCCAGAGCCGAAUAUGAGGCCAGAGUUUUGGAGAAGUCUCUUAGGAAAGAAUCCAAAAGCAAAGAGAAGCGCCGGCACCUUCCAGAGGAGCCAGCAAACAAAUGGAGGCAGAGGGUUAAGACAGCCAUGGCGGGGGUGAAACUGACAGACAAGGUGAAGCUGACCUGGAAAGACCGGUUCCCAGCCUACUUCACCAAUUUGGUCUCCAUCAUCUUCAUGAUCGCAGUGACCUUCGCCAUCGUCCUCGGGGUCAUCAUCUACAGAAUCUCUACGGCCGCCGCCUUAGCCAUGAACUCCUCCCCCUCCGUGCGGUCCAACAUCCGGGUCACUGUCACGGCCACGGCGGUCAUCAUCAACUUGGUGGUCAUCAUCCUCCUGGACGAGGUGUACGGCUGCAUAGCCAGGUGGCUCACCAAGAUCGAGGUUCCAAAGACGGAGAAGAGCUUCGAGGAGAGGCUGAUCUUCAAGGCUUUCCUGCUGAAGUUCGUGAAUUCCUACACCCCCAUCUUUUACGUGGCGUUCUUCAAAGGCCGGUUUGUCGGACGCCCAGGCGACUACGUGUACAUUUUCCGUUCUUUCCGGAUGGAAGAGUGUGCCCCGGGGGGCUGCCUGAUGGAGCUGUGUAUCCAGCUGAGCAUCAUCAUGCUGGGGAAGCAGCUGAUCCAGAACAACCUGUUUGAGAUCGGCAUCCCGAAAAUGAAGAAGUUCAUCCGUUAUCUGAGGCUGAAGCACCAGAGCCCCUCUGACCACGACGAGUACGUAAAGAAGAAGCAGCGGUACGAGGUGGAUUACACGCUGGAACCCUUCGCGGGCCUCACUCCGGAGUACAUGGAGAUGAUCAUCCAGUUCGGCUUUGUCACCCUGUUCGUUGCGUCCUUCCCGCUGGCGCCGCUCUUUGCGUUGCUGAACAACAUCAUUGAGAUACGCCUGGACGCCAAGAAGUUCAUCACCGAGCUCCGAAGACCCGUGGCCGUCAGAGCCAAGGACAUCGGAAUCUGGUACGAUAUCCUCAGAGGCAUCGGGAAGCUUGCCGUCAUAAUCAACGCGUUCGUGAUCUCCUUCACGUCGGACUUCAUCCCUCGCCUGGUGUACCUCUACAUGUACAGUGAGAACAGGACCAUGCACGGCUUCGUCAACCACACCCUCUCCUCCUUCAAUGUCAGCGACUUCCAGAAUGGCACGGCCCCCAACGACCCCCUAGACCUGGGCUACGAAGUGCAGAUCUGCAGGUACAAAGACUACCGGGAGCCACCAUGGUCGGAACACAAGUACGACGUCUCCAAGGACUUCUGGGCCGUCCUGGCCGCCCGGCUGGCCUUUGUCAUCGUCUUCCAGAACCUGGUCAUGUUCAUGAGCGACUUUGUGGACUGGGUCAUCCCUGACAUCCCCAAGGACAUCAGCCAGCAGAUGCACAAGGAGAAGGUGCUCAUGGUGGAGCUGUUCAUGAGGGAGGAGCAGGGCAAACAGCAGCUGCUGGACACGUGGAUGGAGAAGGACCGGAAGAAGGCGGAGCCCUUCAACAACCACAGCCCCACCCCUCCUGCCCCUCCGGACAGCCCCGACUUCCCCGGGGGCGCCCCGUAGCUGCCGGGCAUCCCCAUCGACGACGCGCGCCCUCUCCCGGGGCAGGCGACUUCUCACAGCCCCCUGGCCCAGUGGCUCCUGGGUUUGUGGCAGGCCUGGAAGACCACUUUCUUCUGAUAGGACAACAUUUCCCCAUCUUUUUCUGUUUGUUUUUUUCUUGUUUUUGCACAAAACCUUUAGGCAGGGAAUUCUGUUAUCUUUAGGAUUCAAGGUUAAUCAGAAUGAUUGCUGGGGACAGGGUGAUACACAGCGGAUGCAGGCGCGUUGCGGAAGCGAUGCUUGGAGCCUGGGGUCUCCUUGGCCGUUAGCGGUGAGAAGCAGCUCCCAGAAGACAUCUUCUUUAAUCCUCCUGAUGCCUUAAGAGAGAGGCGAGGUGGUAUUCCAAGGCAUUAGACAAAAGCUGGUGCGAGAUUUGAGGGCAAACAGAGAAGUGGAUAAGGAAUAAACGAUGCUGACAUCAGUUCCAAAAGACAUCACCUGUCUCUAGGUUGGAAAAGUGAAAUUUUUCAUCACCUUUUCCUUCCCUGGAUUCAGAAACCGAGACACUCUUCAGAAAGAGAGGUGCCCUGGCUCUGUCCACUCAGAGGGCCAGGAAGCUCUGAAUUUACUCUUGGAGAACUAGCGGGGUGCAGGUGUCCUGAAUGAGCAGUGACCGGCACUUCUGGGGUCCCCACCAGCAGCCACGUGCCUCCCCCACCUCAGGGUGACAGAAAAACGGGCGGUGAGGGAUUAUGACCUCCGAGGCAUUUCUGCAGACGGCUUCAGAGUUGCAAGAAGUCUUAAGGCUUCUGGGGGGUACUUUUGCAGCUUCAGAAUAUUUAUUGGGCUUUUUUAAAAAUCAAUUCUACAGUGGAUGUAAGGGUUUUUUCUCUGUAGCUCAAAGGCGGUAGGCUUUUAUUUUAUUAGCUAACCAAAUAUCACUGAGAGGAAUUUAAAAUACUGUUAAUACCAAAGAUUUUUAUUAAUAAAGGCUUCUAUUUUGGUAACACUUCUCUAUAUUUUUACUUACAGGAAUGUUACUGUUGGACUAUUAUCAUUUUAAAAGCUUGUGAAAACAAAUCUCAUAGCCGAUAAGAAUGAUCUCAAUUUGCAGCCAUUAUACUAACCAAUGAUCUGAAAUUUCUCAAGCACCCAGAGAAACAUAAAAGAAAUGUUUCACCAAAGGGAGGGACGAAAAGAUAAACGUGUCUGUCUUGAACGUGUGGUCAGUGAGACGCUGACAUUCCUGUGAGCUGUCAACUAGGGGGGAAGUCCGCAGGCGUAGCAGAUUUUUGUUAUUUGCUAAAGUCAUGCAAUCUGAUGCUUCUACUUUCUCUUGUACAGUAAGUGGUUUGAAAUGGGGUUUUUUGUAUAUAAACAUUGUAUUAAA